AUGCCACCAAUCUCGACAAGCGACCCGGGCCUCGAUGAUGCCACACAGAUGGAGAAUUCCACUUCGAGGGCGCUUCCUGCCUCUUGGUAUAAAUCGCCUGAAAUGUUCGAACUUGAGAGACGAGCUAUCUUCUCCCGCAAGUGGCUCCUGACCAGUCAUACCCUGCGCUUCUCCAAGACGGGUGAUUGGUUACGAUACGAUAUUGCCGGCUUCAGCUUCAUUCUCGUUCGCGAUAAGGAAGGCGCCGUCAACGCAUUCCAUAACGUUUGUCGCCAUCGUGCAUUCCCAGUUGUUACCGAGGAGGGAGGCACUUCAAGAAUCUUCUCAUGUAAAUAUCAUGGCUGGUCAUACGGGCUAAACGGAAAGCUUGCCAAGGCGCCGGGUUAUCAGGAUCUUGAUGGGUUUGAUAAGAGCAAGAACGGCCUUUUCCCGAUUCACGUUCACACAGAUGUCAAUGGGUUCAUUUGGGUGAACCUGGAUGGCGCCGAGGAGCCGGAAAUCUCCUGGGAAGAUGACUUCAAGGGAAUUGACCUGCAAACGCAACUCAAGUCAUUUAAUUUGGAGGAUUAUUCAUUCGAUCAUUCCUGGGAGUUGAACGGCGACUACAACUGGAAGAUCCUGGCCGACAACUAUAACGAAAGCUAUCACUCCCGGACAGCUCACCCCGACGCUCCCUCAGUGGCCGGUUCGAGCUCUUACUCUGUCGACACUCAAAAUGCCAGCAUCAUCCAUGACCCAAACGCCACCCCGGAGCAGAUUGCCCAGGGCCUGAAGAUUGCCAGCACUUACUACUUCCCUAAUGCCUCGAUGACAGUGUCGCCAAACUGCUUCUUCAUGCAGCGAGUUGUACCUACCUCAUCUACCAGCUGCUCCAUGAAGUACGAAGUUUAUCGCAAGAAAGAAUCCCACGACGAGGAUUUCGAGAAGAUCAAUUCAAUUUUCAAGCGCAUCAUGUCUGAAGACAAGGCCCUCUGCGAAAACGCCCAGAAGAAUCUCAACAGUGGGGUAUUUGUCAGUGGCGAGUUGCACCCUCGCCUCGAAAAGGGUCCCCUUCACUUCCAGAACAUGGUCAGGGAUCUUGUGACCGCGUUCCACAGCCGGGAAGAUGAGGCUGGUCAUGAGAUGUGGCCUUCACGACAAACACUACCAUCCGAGGCUAAGACAAGCCAGGAUGAUAUUGACUUCUGCUCCAAGCUGCAGAGUAAGAGCCCGGCCAAUGGAGACUGUUCAACUCAGGUUGGUGGAUGUUGCGGCGGUGUAGCAUGCCAGUCUGGCAAUCCGGCUUUAGCCUAUUGA